AUGCGGGCGGCCGGCGCCGGGGCCGGAGGCCGGCGCCGUUACGUUCGAGUGGGGGCUUCGCCAGUGAGGCUCGUGGGGCUGCCGGACCCCAAGAAAUGCCUCGUCGACGGAGGGAACCUCCUUGCAGAGGCGCCAGCCCUACUAGAUGAGGUUCUAAACAAGCUCAAAGACAACGCCAAAGUGUCAGGGCUUGACAGAUCCCACCCUCUCCUCCUGAGCAGCGAGGACGACCCCAUGGGCUACGUACUGUUGACACGAUUCAAGGAGCUGAAAACGUCUCUGGGUCAUGAAUGCGAAGCGAAAGAGGAUAUAGCAGCGUCCACUGAACAGCUGUGGGAUGCGAUCAAGUCAGAAGAAGGCUCAAACGAGUGA